AUGGCGGAACAGACUGAGAAGGCUUUCCUCAAGCAGCCUAAGGUUUUCCUCAGCUCAAAGAAAUCUGGCAAGGGUAAGAAGCCAGGCAAAGGAGGCAACCGAUUCUGGAAGAGCAUUGGCCUUGGCUUCAAGACUCCCAGGGAAGCAAUUGAAGGGACCUACAUUGACAAGAAAUGCCCAUUCACUGGAACCGUUUCUAUCAGAGGCAGAAUUAUUGCUGGAACAUGCCACAGUGCUAAGAUGAACAGAACCAUCAUUGUUCGCAGGAACUACCUCCACUUUGUUAAGAAAUACCAGAGGUAUGAGAAGAGGCACUCCAACAUUCCAGCUCACAUCUCCCCAUGCUUCCGUGUGAAGGAAGGUGACCAUGUCAUCAUUGGCCAGUGCAGGCCCCUGUCAAAAACUGUGAGGUUCAAUGUCGUUAAAGUCAUUCCAGCUGGAUCCGCUGCUGCUGGCAAGAAGGCUUUCACCGCAGCCUGA